CAGUUCGCACUACCAGUACAAUAAGGCCACAAGUCAGAAAAAUUGAUUUUUGAGAUAUAUAUAUCCCUGAAUUCGUUUUUUUUUUCUGAUUUUUUUGGUAGUGGCGCUAUCUACCUCCUAUUUGAGUACAAUGUAUAGUUAUCGAAAGAAACUUAUUGUACUGAGGAUGUAUAUAAGGUGGCUUAGUGCAAUAUAGCCGUAAACUGAAGUAUUUAUAUUUCAUUCAAAAUGUAUAAAAAUAAUCGGUGCAAUAACGCCAUAUAUGCAUAAUAUGUGGCGUUAUUGUCUUAGAACUAAUAAAUAUUAUCGGAGCAAUAACGCCAUAUCAUGCUGAUAAGAUAUCUUAAUAAUCACACAUCCACACAGUCAAUAUUGUCUUAUUAAUAUUAUUAUAAAUUGUAAUAAUGUACAUAAUCAGUUAAAUUUAGUUGAAGUUGUUUAACUGUUUGAGUUAUUAUGCAUUUAUUUAUUAUUUAUAUUUUAAUACAGUAAGUUGUUAAUAAUAUAAACAAAAUAAACAUGACUGCACGAAGUAGAGUACAGAAGCUUGUGGAAAUGGCCAAAGCACAAUAUCCAAAAACCACCAAAGAAACUGUUGCAACUACAUUGAGUUACAGUAUUGAUGAAACACCUAGCAUUGAAGAAAUUGAUAAAUUGCUCUUGGAAUUUGAAGACAAUAUUAUUUCUCAUGGUGUACCUGCAGACAUUGAUGGUACUGUUUCAACAUUUCAAGAAACACUAAAAAACAUUAAUUUAUUUGAACUAAUUGAUGAUGAACCAACAUAUUUAUACAAUUAUGAACCUACACAAAUAAAUCAAGAUCUAAAUAUUGUGAAUAUUGAAACAGAAUCAAUAGGUUUAAUCACACUUAAGUCUGCUGAAUUAUACCAAGUAGAACCAACUGAAAAUGAAAAUUUGAAUGAAAAUCCUCAACUAGAACCAACUGAAAAUGAAAAUCUGAAUGAAAAUCCUCAACUAGAACCAACUGAAAAUGAAAAUCUGAAUGAAAAUCCUCAACUAGAACCAACUGAAAAUGAAAAUUGUAUUGUGGAAAAAAACUAUUGUAUUCAAUUGGACCAAACAGAAAAUGAAAAUCUGAAUGAAGAUCCUCAAGUCGUUCUUACAAAAAAACGUAUAAGAAAGCCAGAUAAUUGGAAAAGAAAUAUAAAAAAGUUAGCAAAAAAUAAAGGUGAAGAGUAUGUCAGUGAAUCAGGAUCAAUUGUUAAAUCAAAAGUAUUAAAAGCUCCAUGUGUAAAUUGUCGAUACAGCUGUAGCUCUAACAUUAGCUUAGAAAUAAGGGAAAAAAUUAGAACUAAGUUUUGGGAGAUGGGCGAUAAAAAUAGGCAGCGUGAGUUUAUUGUACGUCAUGCGGUACAAGUUUCACCUAAAAAUAUUAAAAAAAAGUUAAAUUCCAACAGGAAACUGAACAACAUGGCUUACUAUUUAGGAGCAGAAGAAAUUGGUAAAGUAAGAGUAUGCAAAAAGAUGUUCGAAGCUACUCUUGUUGUUAGUGACAAAAUGAUAAGAAACUGCUUUAAUAAGUUGAAUACUGCAGGAAUAUUGGAACCAUUAAAUCAGGGAAAACAUGACAACCAUAAACGAAUUUCAGAAGAAAUGAAAAAAGAUGUGUUGGAUCAUAUUGAUUCAUUUCCUCGUAUAAGUUCUCAUUAUUUAAGAGCUCAAACACAAAGGGAGUAUAUUGAUGGCAGCUUAACUAUUUCUGAAAUGUACAGAUUGUAUGUCAUUAGUCAAGAAGAAAACAAAAAAGAAUGUGUACUUAAACAUACAUACUCAGACUUGUUUAAUAAACAGAGAAAUAUUGGUUUCUUUCAACCAAAAAAGGACCAAUGUUCUACAUGUGAAGCAUGGAAAAACUGCAGUGAUAUGGAAAAAGAAAUAAACAAAACAAAUUAUGAUGCUCAUAUGGAGGCCAAAAUAAAAUGCAGAGAAGAAAAAGAAAAAGAUGUAGCAAAAGCUAGAGAAGGGAUGGUACAAGUUUGCUGUUAUGAUUUACAGGCAGUUCUACAAACACCAUGUGGAGAGGUGAAUAUGUUUUAUUAUAAACGUAAAUUAGGCGUUUAUAAUUUUACUGUUUAUGAAACGUCUUCUAGAAAUGGAUAUUGUUAUGUUUGGAGUGAAGAUAAGGCUAAAAGAGGUGCAAAUGAAAUUGCAUCCUGUUUAUGGAAAUAUUUAAAUGACAGUAUUAAUAGUUCAAUGAAUUUACCAAUUAUUUUUUAUUCUGAUAAUUGUGUUGGUCAGAAUAAAAAUAAAUUUAUCAUUAGUCUUUACAUGUAUGCAACUAUGAAACUUGAGAUCCCUUCAAUUACACAUAAGUUUUUAGUGUGUGGCCAUUCACAAAAUGAAGGGGAUGCCAUGCACGCAUGCAUAGAAAAACAGAAAAAAAGAGUACUUAAAAGUGGACCUAUUUAUAUUCCUGAUCAAUGGAUUCCUGUAAUUAGUUUGGCCAGAAAAGGAGUUCCAUACAUUGUAAACCAGAUGACAACAACAGAUAUGUUGGAUUUUAAAAAGUUGAGCACUCAAAUUGGAACUAAUUUUAAUAUCAACACUGAUAAAGAAAAAGUUUUAUGGGGAAACAUUAAAGUAAUUGAAGUACGUAAGGAUUCUCCAUUUAAAUUCUUUUAUAAAAAUAAUCUGUCUGAAGAAAAUUUUAAAACCAUUGAUGUAACACAAAAAUUAAGCAGAGGACGGAGAUCGAAACCAAAAAUUAAUGAAGACUUAAUAUUGAAUGAAGCCUAUUCCAGACCACCGGGUAUAACAGAUGUCAAAAAGAAAGAUUUGAUGCAACUGUGUGAUGCAAAUGUGAUACCCAACUGUCAUAAGCAAUUUUAUGAGAACAUCAAUGUCUGUCAGAGAACAGAUUCUGAUGAUGAAUAAAUUAAUAGUUAUUACAUUUUUUGUUAUUAUUUUAUAUUAAUUGUAAACAUUGUUAAAAUUAAGGUAACAAAGAAGACUGAAGAGUAGUUAUGUUAUUUUAUUUUGUUUUUAAAUAUUUUAUGUUCAUUUUAUUUUUAUUCAAUUAUUAGUCAUUAUUACAUUUUUUAGUUAUUAUUUUAAUAAAAUAAUUAAUAUUUUAUAUUAAUGGUAAACAUUGUUAAAAUUAAGGUAACAAAGAAGACUGAAGAGUAGUUAUGUUAUUUUAUUUUGUUUUUUAAUAUUUUAUGUUCAUUUUAUAAU